AUCCAAUAUAUCCACCUUCACCCUUCAUCUGCAUAUGGAGUCUCUUUCUUGGAUACUUUUAGCUACUUCAAUCUUCCUACUUAUCUUUAAACUCUUGAACUAUCCCCAUGGAACUAGAAAAAACCUUCCACCAGGUCCUCGACCGUGGCCUCUCAUCAGAAACCUUAAUCUAAUCGGCCCCCUCCCCCACCCGUCUCUCCACAAUUUAUCCCAAACCUAUGGCAAACUAAUGUAUCUCAAGUUUGGAUCAGUCCCAGUCUUAAUAGCAUCGUCUCCAGAUAUGGCUAAGCUGUUCUUGAAAACUCAUUACCAUAUUUUCGCUUCCAGGCCGUUGACUGCAGCCGGGAAGUAUACCAGCUAUAACCACCAAGACAAUUUAUUCGCUCCAUAUAACCAUCACUGGAAGCAUGGUCGGAAAAUCUACCUUAACGAGGUUUUUAGUUCAAAAAGAGUUGAUUCCACAGAAUACAUUCGUGUUCAAGAAACACAUCAUUUCCUAUCCAGUUUACAUUCAAUGUCAGGAAAUCCCAUCAUGCUAAAAGAACAUGUGUCGCGCGUGAUUUUAAGUCAGAUUAACAGGACUGUAUUGGUUCGUAAGUACUUCAGCCAAUCAAAAGACGAAAAGGAAAGCUUGACAUUUGAAGAAAUUAAAGAAAUGUUUGAUGAGUUCUCCGUGCUGAACGUAGCUUUUCAUCUUGCGGAUUGGAUGCCGUGGAUGGGGUUUAUGGAUUUGCAAGGGUAUGUGAAGAGGAUGAAGGCUUUAAGCAAGAAAUUUCAUAAGUUUUAUGAACAUGUAUUUGACGAGCAUAAGGAUCGGAUGAAAGAUGAAAAGGAGGGUUUUGUAGUAAGAGAUUUUGUUAGUGUGUUGUUGAAGUUAGCAGAUGAUCUUAAUCUUGAAGUUAAGCUCAGUAUUGACGCUGUCAAGGGGCUUACGCAGGAUUUGAUUAUCGGCGCUACUGAUACAACUACAGCAACAAUAGAAUGGGCAAUGAGCGAGCUGAUUAAACAACCUCGUCUGAUAAAGAAGGCAGCCAAAGAGCUCGAUAGGGUGAUUGGUAAAGAGAGAUGGCUCCAAGAGACCGACUUCACAAACCUACCAUUCAUCGAUUUAAUUCUAAAGGAAACCAUGAGGCUACACCCAGCGGGGGUCUUACUAGCACCACAUUUAGCCCUUGAAGAUUGCAAAGUGGACACAUACGACAUCUCAAAAGGCACAAUAGCUUUUAUCAACAUAUGGAGCAUUGGACGGGAUUCGGCUGUUUGGGAUGACGUGGACAGUUUCCGACCAGAGAGAUUUUUGGGUAGCGAUAUAGAUGUAAAUGGGCAUCAUUUUGUGUUAUUGCCGUUUAGUUCGGGUAGAAGGAUGUGCCCUGGUUAUAGGCUAGCAUUAAAGAUGAUGAGGUCGCUAUUGGGAAACAUGUUGCAUGGGUUUAACUGGAAGUUGCCUGGAAAUAUGAGAUGUGAAGAUAUAAAAAUGGAGGAGGUGUAUGGACUAUCUGCAAAAAGGAAGUCCCCGUUAGUUGCUGUAUUAGAGCCUCGGUUGCCUAGUCAUAUGUAUCACCAAGUGGCAGACGUUUAAUGGAGAAAAAAUUAU